CUUUUGGCACGGACGAUAGCUUGCCUUACAGGGAAAACAGCUUUCCGCAGAAGCCUAAGCAUAUGGUCGGCUCCUGUUUCGACAACAAGAUGCCGUGUCACCUUGCUAGCCACCUGUAGCCGGCGACCAGCCGACAGAGAGGGGGAUUUAAGCUGUGACUGCAGACGUUCAGGACAAACGCACAGUGGGACCGGGAGGCCGAUCGGACUGGUUGUAUUCUGGAUUGAGACGAUCCGAGAAGUUGAUUCGACUGUGGAGGACUUUGCGAUGCACGAGACUCGCAGAACGACCUUCAGACAGGUCAUUGAUGUCUUGAUUGGUACAGAUGAACAUGGAAGAAGAAUCCCAAAGUACUUGAUUCAUUUCAACGGUUGGAACAGAAGCUGGGAUCGUUGGGCUGCAGAGGAUCAUGUCCUAAGGGACACUGAGGAAAAUCGUAAAUUGCAACUUAAACUGGCUCGCAAAGCUCUAGGUCGCAUGAAGAGAAAGGGAUGGGCGAAGAGGCGGCGUCGUCAGUCUGGUACUAAAUCUUCUCUGAAGACUCUCCCUAAGGAGGACGACAGUGAUGACGCAUGUUUGAUUUCGUCUUCGGAGAGCAGUGACGGGGACGACUCCGACCCUGAAUCUUCCAAUAGCGGGGACAGCACCUUCUCUGAGGAUAUCAACAAAAUGCGGGUUGAUCCAGACAUUACUGUUAAAAGGGAAUGUGAAGAGAAGAUAGUCCACGUGGAUAUCAACAUCCCCGAUAUCCUGAAGAAGAAACUGGAGGAUGACUGCUUUUACAUCAACAAGAGGAAGAAGCUCGUGAUGGUUCCCUGUCAGACGAAUGUCGUGCACAUCCUCGAGUCCUACGUCAAGCACUUUGCCAUCAACAAAGCCUUCAUGGCCAAUGAGAGGUACCGACGUCAGCAGAACGCCACACAGAACACCAGCCCACAGCCAAUCCCUCCAGAGAAGAGUGAGGAGUUGUGUAAAGAGAUGGUCGACGGGCUCAGGAUCACCUUUGAUUUCACUUUACCCAUGAUCCUUCUCUACCCCUGUGAACAAGCUCAGUUCAAAAAGGUCAGCUCCUCCAGGCUUUUCCUGGCCGUCAACGAAAGCUCCCCCUGCUCCAGCAACGCCCAAAGAGAGCGCAGCCCUAGCCCGAUGGGGCACAACCCACCCACCCCCCAGUCCACAGACAGCCAACCAGCACUGAGUGACAUAUCUGCCACUACGCCCACCGCCCCAACACCCACCCCGAAGCGCCGGCGUCACCCUGACAUGGACUGUAUCUCAUUCCAGUCCCAGUCACUCAGACGCUCCACCAGGAACACAUCUGGAGGUGACCGACCAGCUGAAGGAAGCAGUGGAGGUGGAGGCAGUGCCACAGCAUCCCCGCAGCUCAAACGCCGUUUGAUCGACACCUCAUCGCAGCCCAAGUUCUUCCUCAACCUCGACAGAAAAACCCCGGUGCACAGUGGCUCAUCUUCCCCGUUGCCCUCGACGCCGAGCAAAGAGCGAAGCGGGCCUUUCUAUGGCCUUGAGAGCCGGAGAAACAAUGAGCUUAAUGAGGUCCUAAGUUGGAAGCUGACUCCCGAUAACUACCCUCUGCAGGACCAGCCUCCCCCACCCUCCUACCUGUACGGCUCACAGCACCUCUUGCGUCUUUUCGUGAAGCUUCCUGAGAUCCUGGGGAAAAUGCAGAUCCCUGAGAGGAAUCUCCGAGCCUUAGUCAAGCAUCUGGAACUCUUUCUCAGGUUUCUGGCAGAGUUCCAGGAGGAUUUUUUCCCUGAGUCCGCAUAUGUGUCGGCAUCAGAGGCCCACUACAGCAUGAAACAACCGAAGCCGAUUUAUUGAAGGAGACGUCGGCCAUUGUGUUUCCUUCCCUUUGCUUGUCUCUCCCCUGACCUCCCCUCCAGCUGGUCUAGACUGACCUGUCUGGGCUCGUGCUCAGACGAAUAAACUGCAGCUGUCUCUGGAUUUUUAUUAGCUGUAUUGUGUUUUCCUGGACUAACCGUUCCUUGCCUCUGGCCUAACAUUAGUUUUCCUGCUGUUUCCUUGUGGGACCAGUUACUUCAACCAUGCCACUAACCCUCGCCCACGCUCUGUUUGUGUGUCCUGCAUGUCAAGCGUCCCCGGGCCUCACUUUGCUUUAACGUACUGUUUCAAGGCAUGCCAAGUGCAACGUGUUGGCAUGCGCUACUUUUUCUGUCCACCUCCCUUUAGGUUUUUAUAUCAGAGGAGACCGCUACUGCCGACUCUCCUUUCCAAGUCUUUCCUCGUUGACAUGUGCGUUUUUGUUACACUUUAUAAGACUGGAAAGUUCUGUAGCUCUAGUUCUCCAGCUUUGAAUCACUCAGCUGUGGAAGCACACACACACACACACACACACACACACACACACAACACGGCACUGCUUAGCAAAGCCUCUUUGUCUCUCGCUCUGACACUAUUGUGGCCUGUUCAUCGAAGGGAAACGGAUCCAGAUUGAAACCCGUGUUCUUGUUCUGCCCGCCCAAUGAACACAUCUUGGAUACUCUUUAGGGCAUCGCAGGUUUACCUGUUUGGUAGCUCCGCCCCCCGGCAGUGAUUCCUCUAAAGCUCCUGUAGGACUUUCUCCUCCCGUCCUGGAGAUGCAUCGCUGCUUUCGCUGAGCAAGUUGAAUUUACUGACUCUUUAAAAAAAGAAAUCAGGAAUGUUUGUGUUUCCUGUGUCUCUCUGUAGUAUUACACUUUUCAGUGUCCAUGAGAAAUGUUUCUCCUGUGCAUGUCUGAUACAUGUCUAGCUCCUUUUUUUUUUGUCUUCAUUUGAAAUGUUCCUCUCACCGUGGCUACCUUCUAGCAGACAGGAUGAGGCACAAUGGUGGAAGAAUAAAAAGACGAUGUUCUGUGUUCAACAUAUCUGUUGCUCCUUCACCUUCACAGCAUCUUGUUCUGAAGGUGAUCUUUGGCAACAGGUCAUGUUAAUAUACCAUUAAAGACCGUAGCCUGUUAUUAUUUGCUAACAUUAAAGAUUGUUUGAGACCAGCUCAGUUCAUUGAGCACCAGGAAGAUUAGACAAUCCCUUAAAUGUGUCGACUCGUGCCAUUUUAUUAGAAAUAAUGGGGUUAAACAAAUGCCAUGUUUCUCGCCAUGACAGUGUGAAAAUGUAAACACAAAGCGCCAGUAUAAUAUUUAUUUUUCUUUGCACACCACUGGAUCACUCUGUUCAUGUGUUUGUUGUUGACACGGCUCAUUCCAGACCAGUUAAUACACUUUGUGUCUUUUCUCUUGAACAAAUGCAUCUGUCUGCACAGUAUCAUAGAAGUGACUGUAUUGUGAUACACGUGUAUGUGGAAUACAAUGGAUCUAUGUAUGUUUCAUGUACAGAAGCUAAGAUUUGUGUAGCCUUGUUUUUUUUUAAUAUUUGAAUUGUCAAGCUCUGUUUUCUUCAUAGAGUUUAAAUAAAGACUUUCUGAAGCUCA